CAAUGAACUGUGCUCGUGGCGUUUUUUCUCUCCUGCUGCGACCGCAUUGCUACAAAGUUUACAGUAGCCACAUUUGAAUGCUAGGCUGCGGAGUUUUGAAGUUAUUACACUGUCGCAGCGGCAAAGACAAAUUUAGCUUCAUUUCAGUUCGUCUUCAUGGUAAUAUAAACCGCUGUGUGUGUUCUGGAGACGAUAAAGAGUCAGUGCCCCGCAUGGAAACACAGGGCUCAGCUUUCCAUCUGCUGUCGAUUUAGUGAUAGACCGAGUUUUUUUCUGGUCGAUGUGAAGGUAGUUGUUGACUCGCUAACACGAGCCCGAGCGUUGCAUGUGGAGCAUGUGCGCUUUGUUUUUUUAAGUUAAUUUACAGUGUGGCGGUCCACAGCUUCAGUAAGGUUUGUAUUUUCUUACUUAAAGAUGCGUCUGCACGGUGGACGUGCAAACCACCCAUAGUUUAGCUUUUAGUGUAGAAACUUCUCUUUAGGUAAAUGAAACGGACGAUUUUGACGGUUUGGGUAAAAACGUAACCGACUACCACAUUGACUCCAAAGCAACAUGCCUAUUAGGCGUUUUGGAGGUCACAGGUCACUCGUCUCUCACUCUCAAACUCCGAAGCUUUCGUAUGGUUACAAGAAAAUGAAUAUUUCAAGAAGUGGUUACCGUGUUUUUUCUGCCAACUCCUCCACCGCCUGUAUCGAGUUGGCUAAGAAGAUCACAGAGCGUUUGGGCGUGGAGUUGGGCAAGUCUGUGGUUUAUCAAGAGCCAAAUUCAGAGACUAGAGUGGACGUGAAAGAGUCUGUCCGUGGACAAGACAUCUUUAUCAUUCAGACUAUUCCCAGAGAUGUCAACACAGCCAUCAUGGAGCUGCUGGUCAUGGCCUAUGCCCUGAAGACGUCCUGUGCCAAGAACAUCAUUGGGGUCAUUCCCUACUUCCCUUACAGCAAGCAGUGCAAGAUGAGGAAGAGGGGAUCCAUUGUGUGCAAGCUGCUCGCAUCCAUGUUAGCUAAAGCUGGGCUAACUCACAUCAUCACCAUGGACCUCCAUCAGAAAGAAAUCCAAGGCUUCUUCAGCUUCCCUGUGGACAAUUUGAGAGCUUCUCCCUUCCUCAUCCAGUACAUCCAGGAGGAGAUCCCAGACUACAGGAAUGCUGUAAUUGUUGCAAAGUCUCCUUCAGCUGCCAAGAGAGCUCAGUCCUAUGCUGAGAGGCUGCGACUCGGGCUGGCAGUGAUGCACGGGGAGGCCCAUCAGUCAGAGUUGGACAUGGUUGAUGGAAGACAAUCUCCCCCUUUGUCCCGCACCACCACCGGACACACCGGCCUGGAGCUGCCAGUCAUGAUGGCAAAGGAGAAGCCACCCAUCACUGUUGUUGGAGAUGUAGGGGGAAGAAUCGCCAUCAUUGUUGAUGACAUCAUAGAUGAUGUGGACGACUUUGUUGCAGCAGCAGAAAUCCUGAAGGAGAGAGGAGCCUACAAGAUCUACAUCAUGGCUACACACGGCCUGCUGUCUUCAGAUGCACCCAGACUAAUAGAGGAGUCUGCUAUUGAUGAGGUGGUGGUGACCAACACUGUUCCUCAUGAGGUGCAGAAGCUGCAAUGUCCAAAAAUCAAAACUGUGGAUGUCAGUAUGAUCCUGGCUGAGGCCAUCCGGCGCAUCCACAAUGGAGAGUCCAUGGCCUAUCUGUUCCGCAACAUCGCUGUGGACGACUGAGGCAACACACACUAACAUUUACAUUCCUGCACUUAGACACACCGAUGACCAAGAAUAAAAAGAUAUCCAGUUUUUGCUUUAACCUGUUGUUUUUGUUUUUUUCUGCUGAUGAACAUGUUGACAGAAGUUGGAUGAAUCCACUGUAGGUGACAUAUGAAGUAUCUCAAACUCUGCUUUAUUCCUCUGAUAUGUUACAUAGUGGGACUGUGCAAACAAUGAAAACUUCCUAAUAUGCUUCCUACCAUCUGAAAACCUAAAUAGCACAACAUAAUGUAUUAUGUGCAGCCUCUCAGGGCCCUGCAGAAUUUGGCAAAUAAAACAAUUCUUCUUUGA